GACGGCCUUUGUAGCAUCUCCCGGCGUUUGCCGGGUUGAGGGGUUCCCAUCGCGGGCCGACGUUUUUGGACCCAACCGACUUUGCACGCGCUGCUUCUCACAGGACUUGCUGGCAGGAGCGGUGUUGCCUCGCCGGAUCUGCUCUGGCUAUUUGGCUCAGUGUGCAUGUACGGCCAGAUUCGGCCAAUGAUCAUGGCGCAAGAUCUGCCAAAGCAGAUUGAUGGCGUGCUUAUCAAGCACCAGGAGGAGCUCUUGCAGCGGCUGGAGGCCUGGCUGGCGAGGCUGGAUGACAGCCUGCGGAGUCGGAUCGACAGGCUGGACAGGACGGACAACGAGGAGUGCGAGGACUUCAUCCGGCAGUACGGGCCCGUCAAAGCGCCGACUCCGCCCAGCCCAGUCGCUGAAAGCGAAGCUGCCGGCGUGAUGCACGACAGUUCGAAGCGCUCGAUCAAACGCACGAUCAGCGCGGUGGAGUACGAGUCUGCGAAGGAGGAGGCGCACCGAGUGGGGGACUUGAAGCGGAUCAUUUUCCAGGAAAAGGCGGCGCAGCACGUUUCAGCAAUAACAGCGUGCUGCCGCAGCUGUCAGGGCGCCGCACAGCGCAUUUCAAGCUCGACAUGGUUCAACUUGACCGUUGCCCUGGUUAUUGUGUCCAACUCCAUAUUUUUGGGCUUUCAGCUGGAGAUGAGCCUACACAUUCCGGACUCCAGGGAGCAGUCCUUCGCGUUCCUUCUUGGGCACUUGUUCUACGCGAUCCUGUUCACAGUUGAAAUGUUGAUCCGGAUGGUGGCGGAUGGGCCCAGGCGAUAUGUUGCAGGCCCUGAGUGGAUGUGGAACUGGCUGGAUGUCCUGGUUGUGAUUCCGGCCUGGCUCGAGCUGAUCGUUGACUUCAUUGACAGCGAGGUGGCACAUAACAGCUCCUCCAACUUCCGCAUCAUCCGGGUGCUGAGGAUCACCCGCAUGCUGCAAGUCUUGCGCUCGGUGCGCCUGGUGCGGGUGAUCUACGCCUUUCGGGAGCUGGUCUUCUCGAUCAUCGACACCACGCGGCAGCUGUGCUGGGCAAUGAUUCUCUUGGUGUUGCUCAUUUACAGCUUUGGCGUGCUCUUUACGGAUGCCGUGCUCAGCCACCCGCACAUGGAGGACAUUCCGCAGGCCGCGUUUUACUUUGGCAGCGUCUACAAGUCCUGCACCACGCUCUUCAGGACCACCCUCUCUGGUUUUGACUGGAACGACGCGGCGGACUCUCUUCUGCCGGUGGGCAUGUUUUGGGUACAAGUCUUCCACGUCUACGUGGCAUUCUGCGGAUUUGCCGUCCUGAAUGUCAUCACAGGCGUCUUCGUGAACAGCGCCAUCAAGACCAGGGAGAAGGAUCACGACACCCUGAUGUUGCACGUGCAGAAGUUCAAGGCUCUGGCCACCCGCAUCUGGCAGCAGAUGGACUCCUCAGGCUUGGGGCAAAUCACAAUCGACGAGUUCGAGCGGAUGUUCGCUGACGCUGACAUGCAGGCCUUCUUCGAAGCCCUGGAGAUCACUGCCAUCGACGCGUGGACUCUCUUUGACAGUCUUGAUGCAGACGGGGACCACGUGAUCAGCUACAAUGAGUUCAUUGACAGGUGCAUGCAGCUGCAUGGCAAUGCCAGGUCUGUAGACCUAUUUGCGGUGAAGCAGGUCAGCAACAAGGUCUGGGACCAAGUGCAGGCCCUCCAGGAGCAGCAGGAGAAGACUAACGCGUGCCUGGCGAGCCUUCUCCACCACGCGCUCCAUUCACAUGAGUCGGAGGACAUCGUGUCCUACGAGGUGAAAUGGGCCUCCGACUGAGGGGAGUCUGCGGCCUCCGCGGCCUCCGCGGCUUCUGCGGGGCUUCUUCGGCUUCUUUGGUCUCACCUUGCGCCAGCGGGGCCCUGACCUGGGGUAACAAGUCCCCACCAGUGGGUGCUGCACUUUUUGAGCGCGCCCGGCGCCAGCUUCCCCCUCGCUGGCGCAAGAGAGACGCUCGAUUUCUCUGAGG